GCCGGCUCCCAGCUGGUGCAGGACCUAAGAGCCGGAGGGGCGUGCGCGCGCCUUCGCCCCUGUUGCGCGCUCGGUGUCACCUUGGCCGCGAGCGGGGCCGCGCGCGCACGGGACCAGGAGCCCGGGGCCAUUGAGGCGAUGGCGGCGACGGCGAGUCCUGGGGCCGGCGGGAUGGAUGGGAAGCCCCGUACCUCCCCUAAGUCCGUCAAGUUCCUGUUUGGGGGCUUGGCGGGGAUGGGAGCUACAGUUUUUGUACAGCCCCUGGACCUCGUGAAGAACCGGAUGCAGCUGAGUGGGGAAGGAGCCAAGACACGAGAGUACAAAACCAGCUUCCAUGCUCUCACCAGCAUCCUGAGGACAGAAGGGCUGAGGGGCAUUUACACCGGGCUGUCGGCUGGCCUGCUGCGCCAGGCCACCUACACCACUACUCGCCUUGGCAUCUACACUGUGCUGUUUGAGCGCCUGACUGGGUCUGAUGGUACACCCCCUGGCUUUCUGCUGAAGGCCCUAAUUGGCAUGACUGCAGGUGCAACUGGUGCCUUUGUGGGAACACCAGCCGAGGUGGCUCUUAUCCGCAUGACUGCCGAUGGCCGGCUUCCAGCUGAACAACGCCGUGGCUACAAAAACGUGUUUAAUGCUCUGAUUCGAAUUACCCGGGAGGAGGGUAUCCCCACACUGUGGAGGGGCUGCAUCCCUACCAUGGCUCGGGCUGUCGUCGUCAAUGCUGCCCAGCUCGCCUCCUACUCCCAAUCCAAGCAGUUCUUACUGGACUCAGGCUACUUCUCUGACAACAUCCUGUGUCACUUCUGUGCCAGCAUGAUCAGUGGCCUGGUCACCACUGCCGCCUCCAUGCCUGUGGACAUUGUCAAGACCCGGAUCCAGAACAUGAGAAUGAUUGACGGGAAGCCGGAAUACAAAAAUGGACUGGAUGUGCUGGUGAAGGUUGUCCGCUAUGAGGGCUUCUUCAGCCUAUGGAAGGGCUUUACACCGUACUAUGCCCGUCUGGGUCCCCACACCGUCCUCACCUUCAUCUUCUUGGAGCAAAUGAACAAGGCCUACAAGCGUCUCUUUCUCAGUGGCUGAGAUGGGUGAGGGGCCUGGAGCUGGUAUGCUGGCGCUUCCAUUCACCAGCUGCUUCUCCAGUCAGUGCACCCCGGAGGGCCUGAACUCUGCUGCCCUGGGCCCCUCUAUUUAUUUUCCCUCCACAGUGUGGUUCCCUCCUCGGGGGAAGAGGACUUUGGUCUGUCCUACCCCUGUUCCAGCUUGCCCUGCUUAUCCUGAUCCUCAGGAUAUCUCUGUCCUUGGCUGUGCCUCUAGGGGAGCCGGGGAACUCCCUGAGGAUUUCCGGCCUCCUCUUUGGUCUUAGUUUCAGGGCACAUAGGACUGCAGAAGAUCCCCCUUCUCGGUGUGGAAACCAAGGCAGUGUGGGGGGACAGCAAAGAGCAAAAGCUGUCAAGAUGGUCAAGGGGUCUGCAGUGGGCAGACAUGGCCUUUCCUCUCUACACCUCACUGAGGACAUAAUAAAUUGGAUUGAUCGCA